UAAUAUUUUUAUUAACUGCUUCAGUUCCCUUCCUUUAAGUUCUUAAUACGUUAUUAAUAUAACACAGCAUGAAUAAAAAAUAUGAUAAUCCAUUUUUUAAAAAACAAAUUCAAGAAUGCCAAACAGGUGACUUACGAAGGGAGCAGGGAAACCUAAAGGAGCCUCAUUUCUGUCUUCCUGGGACAAAAGGAUAAGUAAUUGACUGAAAUGUAACUACCAGGACAUAGACGCUCCUAGGAUGUAGAAGAAAGUUGUCCGUUCAAAGCCAGUGUCAAAAUACAAAAAAAAGAAAAUUAUCUUGCGGCAGAUAAUGAGAAAUAAUGCAGGAGAGGAAAGAGGAACUUUAAAGACUGUACGUGUAGGAUUUUCUUUUUCUCUAUCGGAGGAAAGAACAGCAAAAAGCGAAGAGUGGGAAAUGCUGGACUUAAAUUCCUUCCUUUAGGUUUAAGAACAAACAAGGAAAGCGAGAAGAAAAACAGAAUCAGCAGGAAGUUGUCCUGUAAGCAUUUAGUUCAGGGAUGUGCCAUUCUUAUUAAGAGCUAAAACCAAAUAAUUAGUGCACAAAAGUAGAAAGAAGACAAGCCGCCAUGGUGGAAGGAGCGCAGCGGGGCAGAGGAGCGCAGAAGCCUCACCAGACAACCGGGCCCCGUCCCCGUCCCCCGAAUUGUGCGGAAACCGCCACCGAGUCCAGGCGUCCCAUUUUACAGCGGAAGACACAAACUCUGAGACCCAAAUGACCUGCUCACGGUCACAGCACAAAGCCCGUGGGCCCUGUGUCUACAGUCACCAACUUCCAGGCUUGCGACUAAAGGGAGCCAAGGAGCGCGUGAGCUUCUGAGACCAGCUGGCUGAGGGACGCCGAAAAUCCCGCGCGGAGAAAGGCGGGAGAGCGCGACCGCUGCUACCAAGGCGGCGGCGCGGGCGCUCGGCCGGAACCCUUCCCUGCGCUGCCACCAGAUGGCGCGCUCGGCCCGCCGUUCGCGGCUAAGCCAGGGCGGGUGGGGAGGGAGUGGGGAGGAGGGCGUCGGUUGCCUUGGAAAUGCAGGGCGCGGCAGCGGCUGCGGUGGAGCCGGUAUAUUUCUUAAUAGCUAACCAGCACAAUGGAAAACGCAGGGAAAGCAAAUAAAAAGGAUACAAAUGAUGGGCCACCAAAAGAAAUUAAAUUGCCUACCAGUGAAGCACUUCUAGACUAUCAAUGUCAAAUAAAGGAAGAUGCAGUGGAGCGAUUCAUGUUUCAAAUAAAGACACUUAGGGAAAAGAACCAAAAAUAUCAUGAAAGAAAUAGACGCUUAAAAGAAGAACAGAUUUGGCACAUACGGCAUCUACUAAAGGAACUGAGUGAAGAGAAGGCAGAGGGAUUGCCAGUUGUAACAAGAGAGGAUGUUGAAGAAGCGAUGAAGGAAAAAUGGAAGUUUGAAAGAGACCAGGAAAAAAAUUUGAGAGAUAUGCGCAUGCAAAUAAGUAAUGCUGAGAAACUAUUUCUUGAGAAACUCAGUGAAAAGGAAUAUUGGGAGGAGUACAAGAAUGUAGGGAGUGAACGACAUGCUAAACUCAUUACCUCCUUACAAAAUGACAUCAACACAGUUAAAGAGAAUGCAGAGAAAAUGUCAGAACACUAUAAAAUCACUCUGGAAGAUGCCAGAAAGAAAAUAAUCAAAGAAACUUUGUUGCAACUGGACCAAAAGAAGGAAUGGGCCACACAGAAUGCUGUAAAGCUCAUUGACAAGGGCAGUUAUCUAGAGAUCUGGGAGAAUGACUGGCUCAAAAAAGAGGUUGCAAUUCACAGGAAGGAAGUUGAAGAAUUAAAAAAUGCUAUUUAUGAACUGGAAGCAGAAAAUUUGGUGCUUAUUGAUCAACUAUUCAACUGUAGACUUGCGGAUCUCAAAAUACCCAGGCGACUAUAUCUUACCCAAGCUGCUGGACUAGAAGUGCCACCUGAAGAAAUGCCUUUGGAAUUGCCAGAAACACAUAUAGAAGAGAAGUCAGAAUUGCAACCCACAGAAGUAGAAAGUAGAGACUUGAUGUCCUCAUCAGAUGAGAGCAGUACCUUACAUCUUAGUCAUGCAAACAGCAUCGAAGAUCUCCAGUAUGUGAAGAUAGAUAAAGAGGAAAACACAUGCACAGAGUUUGGGGACACUGAUAUGAAGUACUUACUAUAUGAGGAUGAGAAGGAUUUCAAGAAAAGCACUACAGAGAAUGAACAGCCAAUGAGCUUCAGCAAAUAUUACAUCACUAGUAUAUGCAACUUGUUCUGGACGACAAGAUCAAUUUAUAGGCAUCAGUUAUACUCAUGGUUGAGUAAUUUCCUAAUGCAUAUCUUGUUCCCAAAAACAAAUGUUCAAAGACAAUGGGAAGAGACAAAUGCAAGGAUGAUGGAAUUCGCAGGCAGCUACAGAUGGGAGGACAGAGCAGCAUGCCUGGGCUUGAGGUUUCAAAUAUCACCCAUGCAGAGACAAAUUAAGGUAUAACUAUUGGAAAGAUUCCCCCUCCUCCCUCUUCAGCGCAACCACGGACGGCCAAUCAAAAGCAGAAUGAUUUCAAGUAAAGUGAUCAUCAGUUACUGAGCUGGAGGGAGUCCAACAUCCACACUUAUCUCCAAGAUUAACUUGGUUUCUCUCUGAAGCAGAUUUUCUUUUUCACCUGAAGUUAAAACAACAGCAACAGCAAAUCCUACUUAUUGCAGAUAGACUGCAUCUAAAAUUAGAAGUUUCCUAUGAUAGCCCCACACCGAAAUACCUUCUUAAAUCACAUAUUUUCAUGAGAGUAGCAGUCUGAAGACCUGACAGACCCACAGUAAAAUGCCCCUGAAGAAUACAGAAGAGACAAAUCUAUUUUCAAUAUGUGAGCAUACUGCUAGACAAGUCCUAGAGGCUUAUAAACAAUGUUGAAAAGGAUUACUUUUCCUUGAGAAAAAGAGCUGAUUUUUUAUUAGAACUUCUGGUAGUCUCUUAAAUUGGUAAAACACAUACACGUCUCAUGUCUAUAAAAAUGUAGCCAAACUAAAACAUGACAGAGACCACCAUUAAGAAAACAAGACAACAUCCCUGGAAUAAGUUUCUUAUCAUCAAUAUCCGUAUCAAGCGGAUGAAAUCGUAGCCAGAGCUAGCUUGGCUGACUGCACAGCUCCAAGGAGUGGGACACCCAGCAGCCCGUGACCAUCCUACCCCUUCCUGGCAUCUAUUCCAAAGCACAGACACACCAUGCACUGGUGAGAAAGUAGUCACCCCAGAGAGUAAAUAAGAGAAGGAAAGGAAAUGUGCUUCAGUAGCCCAAUUACUGCUCAGGAAAAUCAAGAACAAAAUAGCAUGAAGAGGCAAUGGGUUCUUGGUAGGUGAGAAGUAGGAGAAUUUUAAAACUAUAAGAGCUGACUCGACUCUACUUAUUUCUGUGAGUAAAUUAAAGAACAUGAUGUAGGGUUGCUAAAGAACAUAAAAAGGCAAGGUUAAAGUACUAGAGGAUAAAAAAUUAAAAACAUAAACCAGCAACCAAAAGAUGGCUAUUCACAUAAAUCACAAAAUCAUCAAAUUUUACAAGUGAGCAUUCGUAAUUUGUUGUUCUGGACACCAAGACAAAUCAUAAUUGAUCUUUCCAGUCAAGCCCUACUACUACGUCACCAGGUAUCUAUCACAAAUAAAAUUAAAACAAAACAAAAACAAAAAGAGCCUUUACCUAUUUACUUCAAAUAACAUUCUCUAUCCCAAAAUUCCCACAGAGCCAAAAAAAAUUGGUAUAGCUAUCAGUUCGUUCAAAUCAAAAUGACCUAUGUCACAACUGAAGAUGUCUUCAACAAAGUGGUCAAUCGUAAUGGUCCAAUACAGACAUAGUCUUUUUUCAUGUAUAGAAAAAUGAAAUACUGAGAAGAGCAGUGUAUAAAUAAAAAUACUAAAAUCUGCAAGUGGCUGAUGAUAGUAUCUCUUAAAUUCCUUCUCCCCUCCUCCACUACUCUAAUCAAUCAAUAAGAAAAAAUACAGUAAAAUGUUACCAAAAUCUUUGC